AGCUUCUUUCCUUCGAUAUUUACUCCGACAACGAAUCCUCCGCCCGUUGUCUCCCCCCGGUCAUUCAACCAUCUCCCAGCUCACAAAGCGCAACAUUGUGAACCUGAGCACAAACCCCAUCAGCUCUCAUCGUCGCUAUCAGCUCCGACUGCUGUAGACCGAAAGCCAAACCUUCCGUCCGCUUUUCCCCAAGUUCCAGAAAAAAAGAUGUCCCAGACUUCCACGAUAGUGACGGCAUCAGUCGCCGCCGCCGUUACCGGCUUGGUUGCGUACGCCGCCUUCUUCGACUACCAGCGACGCAACAAGGCUGAGUUCCGGAGAGAACUGCGUCGAAACGAGCGCCGUCAGCACAAGGCUGAGAAGGAGUCGGCCCAGCAGGAGACCGUCCGACAAAGGCAAGCCAUCAAGGAGGCCGUCGAUGAGGCCAAGGAAGAGGGCUUCCCUACCGACGUCGAGCAGAAGGAGGCAUACUUCCUCCAGCAGGUUUCCGAGGGAGAGACGCUGUCCGCCGACCCCACGCGCGCUGUUGAAGCCGCGCUUGCGUUCUACAAGGGCCUCAAGGUCUACCCUACGCCUGGUGACCUGAUCGGCAUCUACGACAAGACCGUUCCCAAGCCCGUCCUUGACGUUCUCGCCGAGAUGAUCGCCUACGACUCCUCUCUCAACAUUGGCCAGUACCAGGGUGGCGUCAACGUUGACCUCGGCGGCAUGCCCACCGUCGGCCUGGACUAA